GUGGGAGUGUCUUGGAAGAAAAGCGCUCCCUAAAAAUAAAAAUUCACCACCACUUGAAAUCAAAAUCAAUCAAAACAGAUAAGAAAGAAUUAAUUUAGAAUCAUUCAUUCGGCGUCGUUUCGAAAUGGGAAGAGCCUUCGUGUACGUGAUUCUUGGUGGAGGUGUAGCUGCUGGCUAUGCUGCUCUCGAAUUCGUCAACAAAGGGAUCUCUCAUGGUGAACUCUGUAUCAUUUCUGAGGAACCAGUUGCUCCUUAUGAAAGACCUGCAUUAAGCAAAGGAUUUUUGCUUCCAGAAGGUGCUGCUCGACUUCCAUCCUUUCAUACGUGUGUUGGUGCAAAUGAGGAAAGGCUAACUCCAAAAUGGUAUAAAGAACACGGAAUUGAAUUAGUUCUUGGAACUGGAGUUAAGUCUGCUGAUGUGAAACGUAAGACAUUAUUAACAGCAACUGGGGAGACCAUAAGUUACAAGAUUCUUAUCAUCGCUACCGGUGCUCGGGCUUUGAAGCUGGAAGAAUUCGGCGUGAAUGGAUCAGAUGCAGAAAAUGUCUGCUAUUUACGAAACAUAGCAGAUGCAAAUAGGCUUGUUAAUGUUGUGGAAUCUUGUCCUGGAGGGAACGCUGUUGUCAUUGGUGGUGGAUACAUUGGAAUGGAGUGUGCGGCAUCUUUAGUGAUCAAUAAAAUAAAUGUAACAAUGGUCUUCCCAGAACCACAUUGCAUGGCUCGUUUAUUUACCUCAAAGAUUUCAAACUACUAUGAAGACUAUUAUAAAUCUAGAGGAGUCAACUUCAUUAAGGGAACUGUGCUGUCAUCAUUUGAUUUUGACUCCGCUGGAAAGGUUAUAGCUGUAAAUCUUAGAGACGGAAAGAAAAUAUCUGUAGACAUGGUUGUGGUGGGAAUUGGUAUACGUCCGAACACAGGUCUGUUUGAAGGUCAACUUACUUUGGAGAAAGGUGGAAUCAAAGUUAAUGGAAUGCUGCAGUCAAGCAACAGCUCAGUCUAUGCGAUCGGCGACGUUGCAGCAUUUCCAGUCAAAGCAUUUGGGGAAACUCGCAGACUUGAGCAUGUUGAUUCAGCACGGAAAUCUGCAAGACAUGCUGUUUCUGCCAUAAUGGAACCUGAAAAAACAGGGGAUUUUGAUUACCUCCCUUUUUUCUACUCCAGAGUCUUCACUUUGUCUUGGCAAUUUUUCGGGGAUAAUGCUGGUGAGGUUGUCUAUUAUGGAGAUUUCUCAGGUGGCACAUUUGGAGCAUACUGGAUAAGUAAGGGUCACCUUGUUGGAGCUUUCCUUGAAGGCGGAACUAAAGAAGAGUAUGAAGCCGUAGCCAAGACCACCAGGUUAAGGCCAGCAAUUGAAGACUUGGCUGAGCUGGAGAGGCAGGGUUUGGGGUUUGCGGUUACAGUUAGUCAGAAACCAAUGGCAUCAUCACCCCCAGUUGAGAUUAGCAGCACUUCCAGCCUAGUUUUGGAAAGUCCAUUACAUGCUUGGCACGCAACAGCCGGAGUUAUUCUUGCUGCAUCAAUUGCUGCGUUUGCAUAUUUUUAUGGAAAGAAGCGCCGUAGAUGGUGAAACUUCUGAGAAUAUUAGAUGGCCGAUUCAUGGUUAAGGUGGAUAUCAACAGACUUUGGGCAGAUUUGCAAGCUGUAACAUUGAUCAGCAAGCCUAGGAUAUUUUGACAUGCUAUUAUAUCUGAUCCAAUUUUCUGGAUUACAAUUCUUCAGUUCUGUUGUUCAUACAGGGUUGUACCAAAAACAAGCAAAAUACGAAUCUUGGAAGAUAUUGCUACAUGUGUUAUAUGUAUUGUCUAAGAUUUUCUUUUCUGAACAGGUAAAUAAUCUUCAUUAUUGUCAUGACAAUAUUGAACUAUUUUCCUAUUCAAAGCAUAACCUCAUGCUCACUGUGCUAUCCAGAGAUUCCUAGUA